UUGUGUAAACUUACUAAACAUUAUUUAAGUGCAAAAUUUUAGUACAAAUUACAAAUUUACAUAAUGGGAUUUUGUGGGAAAGAAUGUACAUUGAAGUGCAAGUUUUUAAUUAUAGGUGGAAUUGACAUUGCUCAGUUACUUGCAAUUGUUUUUUACUUGUAUUUUACAUAUCUUCUAAUUAGGUUUCUGAUUUUUAUGUUUAAACUGUUUUGUGAGAUUUCAAUUUGCUCUGAUGGUCGAGCCUGUUGUGAAGCAGAUCUAGUGAAAGUUCAAAACGUAGAUAGAAUACAUCUUGACUUCAAUGUCCGACCGACUAACAAGACUCGGGCUCCACUUUGACGAGCUCAACAAGAUAAGCAUAGUAGACCCAGAGGUCGCAGCUAAAAGUAGCGAGCUACGAGAGGAAUGUUCUAUUUUUAUUGAAGAUAUGACAAGAUUCCAGGAUAUCGUGGAGGGUUUUAUCUCGGUGGUCGACUCUCUCGCUCAAGAGGUUGAGAAGGAAAAGAUGAAAGCUGUUGGAACCCGCAAUCUCAUCAAGAGCAUGGCCAAGCAGCGAGAGGCCCAGGAACAACAAUAUCAUGCUCUGAUCAUUGAGAAGUCCACAGAACUGGAGCGGUUGCGUAUUCAACACCAAGCUCUUCUAAGAACAGAAGCAGAACAACAGGACGUCAUCGAUCAGAUGGUUCUCCGUUAACUAAAAACAUAUUUAAUUUAUUAUUAAUAAAAUAUUUUUUUGGUCAAA